CUCCUUCCUCCCUGCAACCCUCUAAUUGGAGCCAGACCCCGCGCCGACCACGUCUCCAGUUUGGGCAGAGGGGGGGACGCGGGGAAGAGACGGGCCGGAGGAGGGACCGGGGCACGGGCGGAAACUGAGCCCAGCGGCCGGCCGCUUUCGCGCGAGGGGGGACGCGGCGCCCGAGCCAGCCAGCCUGCCAGCCAGCCUGCCAGCCAGCCAGCCUCGGGGCCCGGCGGAGGCGAGAUGUGUCCGUGGGCCGCCCUCCUGCGCCUGCUGCCCGUCGCCCUGGCCUUGGGCGCCCUCCUGCAGCCCGGCUUCUCCAGCCCCCGCUUCAGCCCGGAGGCCUGGCUGCAGCAAUAUGGCUACCUGCCCCCCGGAGACCUGCGCACGCACACGCAACGCUCCCCCCAGUCGCUCUCGGCCGCCAUUGCCGCGAUGCAGCGGUUCUACGGGCUCCAGGUGACCGGCACACCAGACUCCGAGACCUUGAAAGCUAUGAAGAGACCCCGCUGCGGCGUCCCAGAUAAAUUCGGAGCAGAGAUCAAGGCCAAUGUACGGCGCAAGCGCUACGCCAUCCAGGGGCUAAAAUGGUCGCACUACGAAAUCAGUUUUUGCAUCCAGAACUAUACGCCCAAGGUGGGUGAGCAGGCUACCUUCAGCGCCAUCCGGCGGGCCUUCAGCGUGUGGCAGUCGGUGACGCCGCUGCGCUUCCGCGAGGUCCCGUACUCGGCCGUGCGCGAAGGCCGCGAACAGCAGGCGGACAUCAUGAUCUUCUUCGCGGAGGGUUUCCACGGGGACAGCACCCCCUUCGAUGGCGAAGGGGGCUUCUUGGCUCACGCCUAUUUCCCGGGGCCCCACAUAGGCGGGGACACCCACUUUGAUGCCGCCGAGCCUUGGACGUCACGCAACGACGACUAUACUGGAAAUCACAUUUUCCUAGUCGCCGUUCAUGAGCUUGGCCACGCACUCGGCUUGGAACAUUCAAAUGACCCCUCGGCUAUCAUGGCGCCUUUCUACCAGUGGAUGGACACCGAAAACUUUGAGCUGCCUGAGGACGACCGGCGUGGCAUACAGCAGCUGUACGGAACUGAAAGCGGCUCACCCAGUAAACCUCCACCGGUCCCCCGCACGACUGCGAAGCCCGACGUCCCAGACCGCCCCCCCCACAACCCGCCGUUUGGCCCCAACAUCUGCGAUGGAAAAUUUGACACCAUCGGUGUGCUGCGGGGCGAGAUGUUUGUCUUCAAGGACAAAUGGUUUUGGCGGGUCCGGAACAAUCGUGUGAUGGAGGGGUACCCUCUACCCAUCGGCCAGUUCUGGGUCGGCCUCCCCUCAACAAUCAACACAGCUUAUGAGAGGAAGGACGGGAAAUUUGUAUUCUUUAAAGGUGACAAGUACUGGGUUUUCAACGAAGCCUCUUUGGACCCCGGCUACCCAAAACACAUCAAGGAAAUGGGCAGAGGGCUUCCCACGGACCGGAUUGACGCUGCCCUUUUCUGGGUGCCCAGCGGGAAAACGUACUUCUUCCGGGGCAACAGGUAUUACCGCUUCAACGAGGAGACUCGGUCUGUCGAUGCCGAUUACCCCAAGAACAUUGAUGUCUGGGAAGGGAUCCCUGAAGCACCGCGGGGAGCUUUCAUGGGCAGCGAUGAAGCUUUCACCUACUUUUACAAGGGGGAUCGUUACUGGAAAUUCAACAACGAGAAGCUGAAGGUGGAGCCAGGGUAUCCUAAGUCGGUGCUACGGGACUGGAUGGGAUGUAGCUCAGGGGGCCGCCCAGACGAAACGGAAGUGAUCAUCAUAUCAGUGGACGAUGCCGAUGAAGGGUCGGUGAACGCGGCAGCAGUGGUGCUGCCGGUCCUUCUGCUUCUCAGCAUCUUUGCCUUGGCAGUCGCCAUCUUAAUCUUCAAGCGUUACGGCACGCCCAAGAGGUUGUUGUACUGCCAGCGCUCCCUGCUAGACAAGGUGUGACAGGGCAGCUCUCUGACCUGGGCUAGGGGCGCGGGGCACUCCUCUCUCCUGCCGUUUGCCACCAAUCUCUCCUCCCUCUGCCCCUCCCUCGGAUCCCUUUCGUCUCACUGCCACCAGCUCCACGCUUCCCUGUUGCCGCCUGCCUCCUUCCUUCACCCUUCCCUGCCCGCCCCUUCUUUCCUUCCGUGCUACUUUCUCACACUAGUCCCUGUCCUUCCUGCUGCUCCCCCUGCCGCCACCUCUUCCUUCCAGAUCCGCUUCCCUGGUUCUUCUCCCUCCGUCCCUCUCCUCCAAUUCUCACCCUCCGUUUUUCACAUCCCCCACCCCCCCCAGUCUCCACGCAGCGGGUGUGCUGAGCAUGCUCAUUAACGUAAGGCCAAAGAGGACCUCUGUGAUGGUUUUCAUUCUUCCAGCCCCACUGCAGCCUUCCCACUCUGGGGCGUCCCUUGACCUCACAAGAAAAGACUUCACUUUGACCCUUCAACUGAUACAUUGGCAUAAGCUGACAUUGCAAAUUCCCACAAUGUUUCUGUCUCGCUCCUGACUACUGCCCUCUCCCCAGUAUUCUCAUGUUGUGCUUUCAUUUCUAGGGGGAACUGGGAAUGGAUUAGGGCCCUGGGGACGGACGCUCAUCAUUGGCUCAAUGAAUAGAUGAGGGGUGUGCCUUCAAGAAUGGGCACCUAUGAGGAUUGACAUCUUUUGCAUGAAAGUGGGCGGAGCGACACUGAUGACAGAGGGAAGGAAAGCUUUGGGGGGGGGAUGGGGGGAGCAAUGAAGCAUUCCCAGCGUUCCAGGAGGAACUAUGUCAUUCCAUUUGGGCUUGGCUUGAAAAGGAAGGAGGGGCAACGGCUGACCAAUAGAAACACAGAUGUAGAUUACCCAGUAAGGAGCAGAAGAGGGCUGUUGGUGGAACACAAUAGGUGGAGUCUGAAAUGUGGGUCGUGGCCUAAGUGACCAUCCUUCUGGAGGAGGGAUAUCUUGAAGGACCAACCUUGAUCCGGAGUUGGGAGGGAGAAGAAGGAGCAUCUCUGCACAACACAGCCGGCCCCUUGGUACCCUGCAUGUAACAGGAUGGGAAAAGUCUGAGUGAAGGGAGGAAGGAAGAAUUGUUCUGGUCAACGGGAGGAGUAGGUAGUUACCGACAGUGGAAUGGGACGGGAUUGGCGGUGGUCAGUGGGUUCAGAUUUCGGCAGCACGGUUCACGUUAACUUCGCACCAGUGUUUACUCCAGCACCUGACUAUACUUGCAUAAAGUUUACAAUCGUUGCUUCUAAUCCGUUUUGGAUUCUACGACGUUCAAAAAAAAUGUAUAAGGGUUAGCAAUUUGCAAAGGGGAAACGAUGUCGCACCAAAGAACUGCCUCACUGCCUUAUCCUCCUUUCCUAGGGAAAAUCACGUUGUUGUUUUUUUUGUUGAGUAUGUAAUUUUUAAUUAUUCUAUAGAAAUGCCUUUUUUUAAAAAAUAAAAAUUAAAAAUAGUGCAUUAACAGGGUGGGGAAAA